UCCACUCGCUCUUCACUGACUUUUCUGUGCGGUCUGAAACGAGCACGUCUCCUUUUAUCCCUCCAUUCUUUUCACUUUUGGACAUCAAUGAGCUCGCGACACGGAGCUCGCGGCCAGUAGAGAUCUAAGGCGCAGUGAUGCUCUGUGAAAGUGAUUCAUCAUCAUAAUCAUUUCCAAACAUCAUCAUCAUCAUCAUCUGUUCUAAUUAAGAAGAGUUCCCGUGCACUUUAGAGGACGCCAAAAAACAUUUAACAAACAUGUACGCUGUAGUGCUCGCGGCUGUAUUUGGAGUGGUGCAUGUGUUCUCGGCUAAGGAAGUAUGUAAUUCAGGAGCAUACACGACUUACGGCGAGUGCUGCAAACAGUGUCCACCGGGUGAGGGCAUGGUCCAGCCGUGUGGAAACACGCAAACAGUGUGCCAGCCGUGCCUUGACAGUGAAACAUUCUCUGAGAACUUCAGCCACACAGAAAAAUGCGCACGAUGCACAAACUGCGGUGGGUUGUUACGCAUGGAGAAGCCAUGCACGGACACUGAUGAUGCGACCUGCGUGUGUGACUACGGCUAUUUCAUGUCGCAAAUUACGGGGCAGUGCCAGGCGUGUACGGCAUGUCCAUUGGGCAGCGGUGUGCUGAGACGCUGCAGCCCCACGGAGGACACCGUGUGUGAGAUUUGCAUGGAUGACACCUACUCAGACCAGGAGAGCGAGCUGAACCUCUGCCUACCGUGCACCAUCUGCGAAGAUACCGAGGAACUCCAGCACUGCACCCCUGUCAGUGACACUGUGUGCCAAGAAAUGAGCCUUCUGAAUGCUUCAAGCACACCGCUGUUCCCUGAGGAGCCAUCAGACCUUCCAUUUGAAUUCACCAAUUUUCCACCGGAAGUUCUACCAGAAUCCACAGAGAGUAUGCCGACGGUUGGCCCUGAAUCUGAAAAACUGGGCCUGGGUGAUAAUCUCAUUCCACUCUAUGCCUCCAUUGUACCGACUGUGUUGCUUGGCCUCAUUGCCUUCAUUGUCAUCAAAAGGUGGAAGAGCUGCAAACACAACAAACAAGAUUGUAGUAAUCGAUCAGGCACAGAGAACCCGAGCCAGACACCGUCGCCUGAGGGAGAAAAACUGCACAGUGACAGUGGCAUCUCUGUAGAUAGCCAGAGUUUACAGGAAGGACAAGGACUGCAACAGACAGUGUUGAAGAUCGACGGUGGCCUGAGUUUGCCUCUGCAUGCUUGUGAAGAGCUGGAGAAGCUCGUCAGCGAUGAGGGACCGAUAGAAAACGACUGGUCCAGCCUGGCUGGCUUGCUUGGCUAUGAAGAAGAGCGCAUCGCAUCUUUUGGCCAGGAGGAGAGGCCAAUCCAAGCGCUGCUGAAUGACUGGGCGAGCCGUGACUCCGCCAGUGUCGACGCACUUUGUGCUGCCCUGAGGAAGAUUAACCGGGAAGAUCUCGCUCAGUGUAUCAUGCCCAAGUCCACGGCUACCUCCGUUGUGAAGGUAAGCUGAUCCCAGUAGUUACCUGGCCAGGGUCAUCACCAUGACAAAAGAGCUUGGUCAUACCACCAUGACCUACAUCAAGAAUGACAAACACACGCUCUGGAAAAACACACACAUACAACACACACAUACACCCACUAACCAAAGCAACCCUAUCAGAACAAUUCAGGUUAACUAAAAUCAAAUGAAUUAAAUGAAGGCUUUAAUAAUUAAGAGAAAUAGGACACCACGUAAACAACACGUGCUGACUGCUGCCUUAAUACGAACCAGAAACAACAAAGAACGCAACACGCAUUUGAUCACAGCAUGCUCUUCCCCAGGCAUUUAGGCUGAUCUGAAAUCAGAUCAGAGUUUAAGAGAUGAGGCAGUAUAACUUAGGUGGAAGUUUGAUUCUUCAUUUUUGCACUGGAAUUAUGAUGCUCAACGUCUUACUGUAUAAAUCAGCUCAGUCAGCUUUUUUUUCAGAUGGAGCUGUUCAGUGUCUCAAACAGACCUGCUGAUGUGGUUAAAAUAAUAAACAUGCAUAGAGCUAAUAUCUGUUGUACAAUUAAAUUGCUAAGCUGAAACAUAUUAACAGGCCAUUUGGAAGCAGGCAGUUUUAACAUAGCUAUGCCUUUUUUCAAACAUUAAGACAGUGCUUACAUAGUCAGGCCUGAUUAAUGGAAUAAACUCUGUGAAUGCUAAAACACCUUUAAACAUUUUGUAGAUUUAGUGCAUAAUGCUAACCUGGUGGAUAAAAACUUCCAUUGCUUUUAGCAACAUUAUCCCUGAUCCAAAACACUAACAAAACACAGGCCUCCAAACUCCAAACUACAUUUGGUGUACAUUUCCUUUUUAUCCAAGCUGUUCAAGCCUUCAACUCUAAUGACUUUCGACAAGUUAAUGAUGAUGUGUGUUACUAAUGAAAGUACUGAGCUGAAGGAAAAAAGAGAAACAGAUAUCCAGAGGUGCAGAAUUAUCCUAAGGUUUUACGUUAGUGACACUUUUAAACCUUCCUAGACAUACAAACUCACGUUUCUCAUCCUCUGUAGAGUGUUACUAUGCUAUACGUCAUCUCCACAUGGGAUUUAUAGCGUUAACUGAAAGGUAAAAAGAUGUUUAGACUUAAUCGGCCUUUUCACGAUGAAUAGGAGAUGACAGGAAGCCUUUGUAAGAGGUCGAAGGUGUACUGUUCUCUUUUGAUUCUGACAGCAUGGAAUGACUGGCCAUAAAUCCUUAGGAGACGAUAAACUGGUCCGGCCUCAAAUUUUUAUUUUAUUUCAAUCACCUGUUCUUUGGGUUAUACUUUUGAAAUCACCAGUGUGCUAAAAGGUCACUUGGUAUUUUUUUUACAAAAUGUAAUUACCUUUACAUAAAAUAAAUGACAUCAAAUGUAGAAAUGGAUUGGAAAAUUUGCUGCAAGCUUCAUGUAGCUAAGAUAUGGAAGUAAAUUCCCUUCAUUUAAAAUUACACAUGAAUAGUCAUAAUGGUAUCUAUGAUUUGUCUAAAUUUUUGUUUAAAAGUUUGCUUUGUAAAUCUGAAGAAUAAUAAAACUGAAACAGGAAUACUUGCAGGUUCUAACAGUGAGAUACUAAAAAUAACUCAGACAGGAGUAAUCUGAGAUACUAAUAAUAAUAAGGCAGGAAUAAUCUGAGAUACCAUUAAUAAAUCAGAGCGACAUAAUCUAAGAUAUUAAAAAUAAAUCAGGGAGGAUAGUCUGAUAUUAAAAAUAAAUCAGACACUAAAAAUCUGAAAAACUGAAAUUGGUAGAUUGGGGCUCAAGUCCCAGCACUGCGAAGCUGCCCCGAGCAUGGUUCUUUUAACCCAGAAUUUUUAAUUGUGACAAUAAUAAAGCUUUCAUCAUCUAAUAAAUCAAAUAGUAAUAAUCUGCAAUACUGCUAAAAUCAGACACUAAUAAUCUGAGAUAGUAGAAAUAAAUUAGACAGGUAUAAUCUGAGAUUAGGGUACAGUUUUUGAAAAGUUUUGUCAUACGGUCUGUGUUCAUUCUAUUUGGCUUAAAUAUCAGCAACCUCUACAACUAUAUCAGCAAGUCUGCUUAUAACAUUUUGGGUGAAAUAGACUUCCAAUAUGUGCUAGCUACGUUAGCCUUGCAACUAAUGUGUAAGGAUAUUUUUUGAUCCAGUGCAGGAAUAAAGAAGCAAACAUCACACACUGGGACUAUUUAUUUGCACCAAAUUGUUAAUUUAAUUUACAAAGGAAACCACUUUUUUAACACUUUUUCUUUUUUUGAGAUUUUCUUUAGCAGUAAUGUUGUAAUACACACAAUCAUAUUGUAUAAAUAUCUAACUUGUAAUGAAGGUGUCCCCUUUUUGUAAGAGGGAGUGUACUAAGAAGUGUAAUUAGGUUUUUGCUUUCUUUCUUUUUUCUUUACUGUUAUUAUUAUUUCAUUAUAUUUUUUUAAACAGAUUAGGGUGUAGCACUUAUAAAUUAAACUAUAAAUAUAUGGAGUCUCACAAGUGCCUGAAAGGAUCAUCGUGUUUGUGUUGUUGUUAAAAUCUAUUUUUUGUUUUGUAUUUUUCUAGAAAUUUACUUGUUCUUUAACUUCAGUUACUCAGCGCAGAGAGACAACCAAGUCUCGAUUUCUAGAACAUCAGAAACCACUAGGUUAAUUACGGGGCGGAGCUAGAGUUGACCACAUCACUGUGAAAUCUUAGAAUACUGGUUUUAAUUACCCACUUUAAUCAUUUAAUUAUGUUAGAUUAUUAAACUGGCCAUCUACCUACUAAGAGAUAACCCAGCUAACAUGUGAGCUUUGCUAAUAUUUAACAAAUGUUUGACCCGGUUUGCUAGCUAGCUAACAAGAUAACAUUAUGCUAAGUAUUAUAUUGUAUCGUCAAAACAUAAUAUACAAAGACACUAGCAAGCUUGCUAACUGGAUAAUAAUAUUUAAUGUAUAUUAUCCUUUUGGGAAGUAAUUUAAUGCAAAUUUGUGAUGGCACACAAUCCGAUUUUGAUAAAACUGGUGAACUGAUUAAAUUUUACUUAAACUCAGCCCCUUGUUGCCUGAACAAUACCUUUCUUUGUGGAAGGCUGAUGUUAUUUCUGUCAUAAAAUUGUAAUUAACAAUUAAAUUUUUUAUGUUAGUUAUUCUUGAAGCAGAGAUGUGCAGUGUCGAAUGUGGUAUUCUUUUUUUUUUUGAGAAAAGUCCUGAAACUAACCAAAUGUUGGAGGUAUUAUUUGCUAGUCUUGGUAUGACACUUAAGAAGCAAAUAUCAUCGUUUUCAUUCUUGCACUUAUAUAAGUAGCAUAAUGGAUGAUGAGAUGAAGUUAAGGAGAUAGAGGAGGAGACACCAGGUAGCUUGUGGGUAAUUUAUUCUGGAAGUGUUCUGAAUGGGGAUAUAAUGUAUAAAAUUCUGAAUGUUCCUUGUAUUUACUUCUAAUGUACACUGUAUCAUAUAGAAAUGUGAAUUUGCUGAAACUCUUGAAUGAAGCAGCUGAGAAACAAGGAAAUAAACUCAUUUGAGUUGCAACACCA